UCUUUAUUUUGAGAAAGAGCAUGAGCAGGGGAGAGGUAGAAAGAGAGCCCAGGCAGGCUCCACACUGGCGGAACCUGACACAGGGCUCUAUCCCACGAAUUGAGAGAUCACGACCUGAGCCAAAAUCAAGAGUCGGACGCUUAACUGACUGAGCCACCCAGGCGCCCCAUUAGCUGCCUUAUUUCUCACAACAAGUAAUGCACACACGGUACAAAUCUCAAAAGGUGUGAAAGGACUUUUGUGGAAACGCAGGCAUGGUGCCUAGGUCCCACCCAGGAGGCAUCCUUACCCCCCGACUCCAGGGCACAGCCGGGCUCUGGGUCCUCCUUGUUUUGUUUUAAACCUGACGUGCAUUUUGGAGAUGUCCUGUCUCACUUUUCUCUUUGGAGUCUUGGCUUUUUCUUGUGGAUUUGUAGCUUUUUGUACAUGGAGAAAACCGGCCUUUUGCCAUUUGUGUUACAAAGACUUCUGUUGUCGUUUGCCUUGUGACUUUAUGAAGCCUUCCCGGCUCUGAUUUUUAAGUCUUUAAUAUUUCCUUUGAGUGCACUUUUUGUUUCCUUUUCCAAUUUAAAUCUUAGGUCUAGUUGAUACUUUGGUGAAGCGGCCAGGGUUUGCCGUUACCUUUUCCACGUUGUUUUUAGCCCCCAGACACUGUGAGCUCCCAGGGUCAGGGACCAGAUUCCCUGUGGGUUUGGGGCCUGCCCCUGGGCCUCCUGCCACCCAGCGGCCUGUCUGCUCAUGAGCCGGGCCUGCAGCCUUCAUUUCUGGUGGCUGGUCCUGUGUCCUACUCUCCGGCAGGUUUUGUCUCUUUCAUUGCUGUUCUUUUUCAGAAUUUUCCUGAUAUUGUACAAAUAUUUCCCCAUAGAAUCAGCUUAUCUGUUUUUCAGCCUAGAUGCACAGACAGGUUAACUCAGGGAGCAUUGACUUAGAAAAUCACGUUAAGCCUUCCUUUCUCAAAUAGGAUACACCUCUUCAUUUGUUCAAGUCUUUUAUGGUCUUUGGGAUCUGAAAGUUCUCAUACAGAUACUGCCUGUUUGCUGUGUGGAUUCUUCACUCCUCUCGUUGACGUUGUAAAUGUACGUUUCUAACCUGCUUGUCUACAGGAUGUUGGCCGUGGGUUUUGAUUCUUUUAUUUGCAAGUAGAUCUGGAAAACUGCCGCCCCAGUGAGAGAAUUUGGGAAGCUGGGGAUGCACAAAUAGUUUCUUUACACUGGUCUCUUGAGAUGCGGGCAGCUGUCCGGCUGUCUGCUGCCUGCACUGUCUCACACGUUCUGCCUCGUCUACUGAACCCUUCACAGAGACUUUGAAUCCAGCCCUGUGUCAGUGUCUCUGGUGCUGCCACCACCCAGGUUUGACCUUUGUCACUGGACAGGCGUGCCACCUACACUCAGCACUUCCCCCCUCCCUCCUCCCCUGGAAUAAAAGUGGAUCUUGUCUGUGGCCUGAAAAGCUCAGCCUCACCUGUCCUGCUGCCUCCUUCUGCUCACCCUGCCCUCCUGCUCAUCCUGGGCCCCCCUGCCCUGCCUGAGCUCUCCUGUGCCCCUCCCCCCACUCUGGGAGUCCCCACCCCCUUUUACCCACAGCAGCCCCAGCCCAGGCCUCAGGGCAUCUUCCAGUGUGCCUUCUACUUAAAAGUUAUUACUUGUCCAUCUCCCCCAGCUGAGAGCAAGGAUGUCUGUGUCCUUCACAGAAUGAUCCGAAACUCCUAGGGAAGUCCCUGGCAGGGAGUAAAUGUGAGGGUAAGUCCAGGAGAACAUUCACUGCCUUAUAUGAACUUGCUUCCCACAUGUAAACUUCCCCGGACCCUCACAGCACCCUGAUGAGCUGUGCGGGGCGGGGACGGCCAGCCUUGGCUCAGAGGUCAGCCCGUGUGUCUUGUGGGGUGUGACACGGCUCCUGUGUGAGCUCUCGGAGGGCUCAGAGUCACUUCCUCUCGCUCAGUGAACCCAGGACACAGCCUCGUUGCACGCAGCCCUGUUCCUGCUCCGCUUGGGGGUGCGAUGAUUAUGGCCCCGGGAGGGGGGCUGCUGAGGGGGUGUGCUGUGAUAUCCCGCCAUCUGCUUGCGUCCCCGCCCCUAGGCGCUGCCACAGACCCAGCUCCUCUGUUUUCUCAGCCAGUCAUGCCCCUGCACAUGAUGAGAGUUGAACACUUCAAUGUGGGUGGUCCCUGUGGAGCUGGGAUGGCCUCUCCUGUGGCUUGCAUGUUGUUAGAGGUUGAAUCGUGUCACCUCCAAAACGUGUGUUGAGGUCUAACCCCUCAUGCCUGUGAAUGUGACCAUUUUUUGGAAAUAGGCUCCUGGCAGCUGUGAUUAGUUAAAAUGAGGUCAUGCUGGGCUCGGUGGGCCGUCCUCCAAUGACUGGUGUCCUUGCAAGUAGCAGAGAAGGGACGCACUGGGGAGAACGCUGCAUCCAGCCAUCAGGAGCCACACUCGUGCUCUAUGAACUCUGCUGGGGAUGCUGUCACAGGGGCCACAAAGAAGAGAGAAGCGUAUUCCGCCACCAUUCCAGACACCAGGAGUCUGGGAUGAGGGUGUGGGCCCGGUUGGUGCCUCCCUGUCCCCUGGCUUCUGGUGGCUGCUGGCGAUCUGUGGAUUGUAGACACAGCACUGCGGUCUCUGCCUCCCCUGCCCACGUUUUCCUCGCUGUGGACCAACCACACUUUCCUAAUAAGAGGACCCACCCUACCCAGUAUGAUCUGGUCUUAAUUUAACUAAUUAUAUCUGCAAAGACCCUAUUUCUAAAUAAUACCACACUCAGUACUGGGGUUAGGGCUUGAACAUACCUUUUUGGGGGACACAUUUCUUUUUUUUAUUAAAAAAAUUUUUUUAACGUUUAUUUAUUAUUGAGAGACAGAGAGAAACAGAGCGUGAGCAGGGGAGGGGCAGAGAGAGAGGGAGACAUAGAAUCCAAAGCAGGCUCCAAGCUGUCAGCACAGAGCCCGACAUGGGGCUCGAACUCACCAACCAUGAGAUCAUGGCCUGAGCCGAAGUCGGUUGCUUAACCAACUGAGCCACCCAGGUGCCCCUUGGGGGGGACACAUUUCAACCCUAAACACACACCAGGUUGGUUUAUAAAGGUUUAUUACUAAUUUAGUGAGGCUUCCUAGGCAGAACAACUGGCUUCGAAGUUUAUUUUGUUUCGGGGGUGGUAAUGGGAGGAGGGCCCCCCACCCCUCCUCCAGGGCCAAGGAAGAAGUCCCUAGGCUUACUUGUCAGCUGGCCCAGGUGUGGGGCAGGAGGGCGACUGGCGGGUCUUACAAGUUGUCAGCAUAAAACAGCAAAAAUUGAGCAGAUUCUUUAUUAUCCAAAGCAAUUGAUAGUAGGCUGCUGGCUGCAUUACAGUAAGCAAAUGCACCUGUAUUUCUCUCAUAUCCUGCUUGGGAUGGUUUUCUGUGCCAUCUUGCUUUACUGUCACCACCUGGUGAAGGAGUGGGGUUUGUUGCUAGGAAUUAGCCCUGCUCACCAGGUUUCAACCAUUUAUUCUGGGCAUUGAAGACCGCUGCCCGAGAAGUGUGCAGCUCUGACGGGGUGCAGGCCCGGGCCGCUGCUGUGCUUGUGACAUGGGCUACAGCUCGGGGCUCCCAUGAACACCUCCUGCCUAGGAUGCCAGCAGUGAGAAUCCAGGCUGCCUCCUAUGCUUCUGGCUGACUAGGGGUGAGUCCGGUUCCCAUGACCCCUCUUUGGGGUCAGUUAAUUGCUGCAGUGACUCACAGAACUCAGGGAAACGUGUUACUUACUAAUUACCCAUUUGUUACAAAAGGAGUGAUUCGGGAAUAGCCAGAGGAGGAUCUGCACCAGCCAGGUGUGUGGGGAGGGGCACGGAGUCUCCCUGCCCUCUCAGAUCUCGUGCUCACCAACCUGGAGGCCCUCACAACCCCGUCCUUUCUGGGUUUUCUGGAGGCUUCAUUACACAGGCAUGAGUGAUGAACUCAUUGGCCACUGGUGACUGAUCCAACCUCCAGCCCCUCCUGUCCCCGAACUUAAAGUUCCAAUCCUGUAACCAUGUGGUUAGGUCCCCAGGCCACCUGCCCCCAUCCUCAGGUGCUUUCCCAAACUCACUCGUUAACAUUAUAAGAGGCACCUUUACACCUCACAAAGAAAAUCCCAAGGGUUUUUAGGAGCUGUGUGCCAGGAAUGGAGACGAACCAAAUAAAUUCUUUUAAAUCACAGAAUCACACUCUGCACAGACCUCGUCUCCAAAUGUAGUUGCACAGGGGUGACAGCUUCAGCAAAGGACUUUGAACACAAUUGAGGCUGUGAAAGCGUUGAAAGUAGAUCGAAAGCAUCGGGGGCGGAGCUUAGCGGUCUGUGCUGUACAGUUGUGUUUCCAGGACUCUCCUCACAGCAGGCAGAGGAUGAGACGCCCAGAGACCCGGCGUGGAGUCUCCUUCCGGACUGCGGGUGUGACUUGUUUGCUGGGGAAUUAGCGGGGGCUGGAUGGUCUGAGGGUCCCUUACAUGGAGUUGAGUGUCCCCAUGCUCCCGGAAGACACAGCAGUCUGGUCUCCCUGGGGCACCUGCACAUCUUAUUCUGGCCCAGACCCCUCUCAUUGCAUCAUCUUUAAGUUCUUUUGGUUUUAUUAAAUCAAUACAUGCUUCUUUCACUUAAAGAAUGUAAAUAGAACAAAAUAAACUUUGACAUUUUUUAUUAAAAUAACUUGUACCUAGAGAUAAAUGAUAAAAGUGAAAGGCCCUUUAUCCAGAGUUUUCUGUUUUUAAUAUUUUAGCUCACUUACCAUUUUCAUUUCUCAUGCUCUGGCUCUCGCUGCAUGUGUGUUUAUGUACACACACGAGUACACUCAUGUGUAAUCUUUCUUACGCACUAGAGAGUCAGCUACAUGCAGCAUCCUGUUUUCUCACCAGAUCCUUUGGGGUUUCCUGAGAGCAGAGAUACUCUCUUACAGCUGUGGUUCAGUCAUCAACAUCCAUGCUUUCAACACGCAUAGUGCCCACAUUUCAAUUCUGUCAGUUGACCCCAAAGUCUCUCCCUCCAGUUCAGGAUCUAGUGUGGGGUCAGGUCCUGCAUUUUGUUUUCACAUCUCUCCAGCACCCUGAAUCUGGAACGUUUCCUCCACCUUUGUUUUGUCCUUUGUGACUUUGGGAUAACAUAGUCCUCCCCUCCAGGUGACUUUCUCUUUUGGAUUUGCCCCCACAAUUAGACCAGGACUUUUCAUUCUUAGCCGGAACACUGCCUGGUGACGUGUUCUUUCUCAGGGUGCGAUGGCUGGGGCACACAGUGGCCAUCUGUCAUGUUGUCACUGAUUUGAUCACCCAGUCAGGUAUUGCCCAAGUGUGCAUCGUUGUAAUUACUAGGUUUUUUUUUUUUUUCUCCCUGACCCCUAAGAAGCAGUCUGUGGGGAGACAUUUUGAGAGAAACAGAGAGAGCGCUUGAGAGAAAUAGCACGUGUGCACUCAAGGGAGGGGCAGAGAGCAAGGGAGAGCGAGAAUCCCAAGCAGGCUCUGAGCUGUCAGCCCAGAGCCCGAAAUGGGUCUCAAACUCACAAACCCUGAGAUCAUGACCUGAGCCGAAGUUGGACACUCACCGACUGAGCCCCCCAGGUGCCCCUGGCCUGAACCAGUCUUCAUUGAGAUUGAGAUGGUCACAGAAUGAUACUACUCCAGCUGCAGCACUUGACUCAUUGGAUAGUUGUGAGCAAGAGCCCUCCUCCCUCCCCCAGUUUGUUUAUGUAUACCUACACGGACUCAUUCAGUCCUGCUUUUCAAUGGUUUUUCAUUAGUUACUGUAUUUAUUAUGCUCACACUCAGAUUGUCCCAGACUUGGCCGUGGGAGCCUCUUCAAGCUGGCACCUAUGUUCUGUGACCUACCAGCAUUUUUUUGAGCACUUCCUUGUUUUCUGAAGAUGCUCAGACUUCUUUUGUUCUUUCCCGGCCAUCCCUCCAAGGAGACCUGUUGUCUUUUAGUGUGGAAUGGCACGGAAGGGGGUUGGUGUGCUCACUGCCUCCCUAGAGUAUCUUUGGCCCUUUUGGUGGACGGAGCUAGGAGAGAGAAUGCGUAUAGAUGCAAACGCGUACCCACACGCUCGCGUGUAGAAAUCGUGCCGUUGCGCUGGCCUCACUGGUUCCCGUGUGCCCCUGGAAGUUCUUGUUCUAGCUUCUUCUUUCCAUAUUUGUGUGUCCCUUCUUCACCAGUGGAACCCCUGGCUCCUGACAAAAUCGGCACAUUUACUCAAUUUUAUAAUAUAUUUAAAAUAGUUCAUUCUUAAACGGACUGCACUUACCAAACUUAAAAUAAUUCAGGACCACCCCUGUCUGCCCACAGUGUUACUCUUGAUGAAUAUCCUUCUAGAUCUCCUUAUGUACACCUGUAGGGAAAUACACAAAUACAAUUUUAUUGAAACAUCAUACUAUACAUAUUGUUCUGUAACUUGACUUUUCCUCCUGCUAAUGAAUAUAUCAUUAACGUCAUUCUGUAACAUCGUCCAACGUCUCUGUGUCCACAAGGUGCGAUCCAUACAGUAUUUUCUAAUGAGUACAGAAUAAGACUGUACCAUACUUCUCUGUAAUCGGACUUUGAUUUUAAAAGGCAUCCAGUUUUUCACUAUUAUAUGUAAAGCUGACAUCAACAUCUUUGUAACUAAAUCUUAAUUAUUUCCUUAGGCUAGAAGUGGAAUUACUGGUCAAAGGACGCUCAGAUUUGGGAGAAGUGGCCCCAGAAAUAAAAGCAUCUGAGAGACGGACCGCGGUGGCCAUUGCAGAUCUGGAAUGGAGAGAAAUGGAAGCAGAUGACUACGGUACAAAUGAGGCUCAGGACAGUGACUUCCCAACAGCGGAGAGGAGCAGGCUGCAGGAGAUGCUGUCGCUGCUGGGGCUGGAGACCUACCAGGCCCAGAAGCUCAGCCUCCAGGAUGCCCUGCAGAUCAGCAGCGACAGCAUGAGAAACUGGGCCCCUCAGGCCCCCAAAGACCUGCCCUGGAAUUUCCUCAGGAAGCUGCAGGCCCUCAACGCUGAGGCCAGGAACACCACCAUGGUGCUGGAUGUGCCCCUGGACGCCAGGCCCAUGGAGAAGGAGAGCCAGAUGGAAGAGGAGAUUAUCUACUGGGACGCGGCUGAUGACAUCUCCGCAGACAUCUAUUCCUUCUCAGAGCUGCCGACGCCUGACACGCCUGUGAACCCCUUGGACCUUCUCUGUGCCCUUCUGCUCUCCUCAGAUGGUUUCCUGCAGCAGGAAAUUGUGCUGAAAAUGUCCCUGUGCCAGUUUGCACUCCCUCUCGUCUUGCCUGACUCGGAGAACCACUACCACACAUUUCUGCUGUGGGCCCUGAGGGCUGUGGUGUGGACGUGGUGGGCGCAGCCCCUGCGGGGCGUGGGCGGCCUCCGAGAGGACAGCGCGGUGCUAUCCCGGGCUCCUACCUUCGCCUUCGUGCGCAUGGAGGUCAGCAGCAACUCCAAGUCACAGCUGCUCAAUGCUGUGCUCAGCCCCAGCCACCGGCCACGGGACUGCUUCUGGCAUCGAGACCUGAGCGUGGGCACCAACCCCCGGGAGAUCGCAGAUGGGCUGGUGGAAGUCUCCUGGUUCCUCCCCAGCGGCAGGGAGGACCUGGACGUGUUCCCGGAGCCCGUGGCCUUUCUGAACCUGCGGGGCGACAUCGGGUCUCAUUGGCUGCAGUUCAAGCUCUUGACUGAGAUCUCGUCCGCCGUGUUCAUCCUGACCGACAACAUCAGCAGGAAGGACUACAAGCUGCUCUACUCCCUGAGGGGCUCGGCCACCAAGUACUAUUUCAUCCUGAGCCCCUACCGUGGGAAGCGGAACACAAACCUCAGGUUCCUGAACAAGCUCAUCCCGGUGCUGAAGAUGGACCACUCACAUGUGCUGGUGAAGGUCAGCAGCACCGACAGCGCGGGCUUCGUGCGCAGGGUCCGCUCCAUCGUGGCGCACGUGGCCCGGUCCCCCUGCAGGAGGUUGUCUGUGGAGGAGAUGGCGCACGCGGCCCGUAAGCUGGGACUGAGGGUGGACGAGGACUGUGAUGAGUGUCAGCGGGCAAAGCAGCGCAUGGAGCGCAUCACCAGGAGGAUCAAAGACUGUGACGCCUACCGCAGGGACGAGCUGUGGCUGCAGGGGGACCCGUGGCGGAAGGCAGCCCAGGUGGAGAAGGAGCUGUGCCAGGCCCAGAGGGCGGGGGACCCUCCUGACAAGGGCAGGGCAGAGCUGGGGCACCGGCUGCUAGAACUUCGUGCACAGCAGAACCGCCAGGACCCCGCCUGGGGGCUGCAGGAGUUCAUCGCAGGCAUCAGCUGCGCCUCACUGGCUGAGAAGCAGUACUUCCUGAGGUGGAUGGAGUGGGGACUGGCCCGCGUGGCCCAGCCAAGGCCGCGGCAGCCUCCUGAGACCAUUCUUAGCCUCAGACCCAAGCACUGUGGCAUGGUGGACUUUGGGGAGCUACUCUGGCCCGAGCCCCUGGGUGUAGAGCACUUCCUACGGGAGAUGGGACAGUUUUACGAGGCAGAAAGCUGCCUGGUGGAGGCGGGGAAGCUGCCGGCCUGCCAGAGGCGGUUUGCCCACUUCCCGGGCCUGGCCCUGGAGCUGCUGUUGAAGGGGCUGCCCUUGGAGCUGAUCGACGGCAGCACGCUGAGUACCCCCCUGCGCUGGGUCACGGGGCUCCUGAAGGAGCUGCACGUUCGCCUGGAGAGGAGGUCGCGCCUGGUGGUACUGUCGGCACUGGGUGCGCCGGGCACUGGGAAGUCCACGCUUCUCAACACCAUGUUUGGGCUGCGUUUUGCCACGGGGCGGGGCUGUGGCCCUCGAGGGGCCUUCAUGCAGCUGGUCACCGUGGCUGAGAGCUUCAGCCAGGAUCUGGGCUGCGACCACAUCCUGGUGAUAGACUCGGGGGGCUUGAUAGGCGGGGCCCUGACCGCAGCCGGGGAGAGGUUCGAGCUGGAGGCCUCCCUGGCCACUCUGCUCAUGGGGCUGAGCAACGUCACCGUGGUGAGCCUGGCUGAGACGAGGGACAUACCACCAGCUGUUCUGCAUGCGUUUCUGAGGUUGGAGAAAACGGGGCACGUGCCCAACUAUCAGUUUGUGUACCAGAACCUCCAGGAUGCGUGUGCCCCCGGCCCCAGGCCUCGGGACAGAAGGCCGCUCCUGGAUUCCCCCGGCGAUGUGAGCAGAGCCGGUGCACAGAUGGAGAAGCAGGGCGACGGCAUCCGGACGCUGGCCGACCUGGCCUUUUGCGACCCUGAGAAGCAGCAUGUUUGGCACAUCCCUGGCCUGUGGCAUGGGGUGCCUCCCAUGGCUGCAGUGAGCUUGGGGUACAGCGAGGCCAUUUUUGAGUUAAAGAGGUGUCUGCUGGAAAACAUCAGGAAUGGCCUGUCCAACCAGAACAAAAACAUCCAGCAGCUCAUUGAGCUGGUGAGGCGGCUCUGAGUGUUAGGAGGGGGCCUGUUCUCAAGGUGGUGUGCCUGUGGGGGCUGUGCCCGGCACCUGACCCCAUGAGAAGGGAGAAGGGCAAGAGCCUGGGGGGAGGGGGCUGGGGUUCCCUAAACAGUGUUGAGAAGGAGGUGACCGCACAGACCUGCUCAGAGAUGCUCUCGGGAGCCAAGGGGCCCUGGGGCAGGGUGUGGACACACAGCAAGAGUUUGUGUGCAGCUCCUUUCCAGGCCCCUGUGCUCUGGCUCCCUCUCCUUCGUCCCUGGGGUGGGGGGUAGUAUCCCUGCAGCCCAGCCGGUAUGGGGGGGGGGGUGAGGAAGGGGGGUUGCUGGACGCCUCCCUGAUGAAGUGGAGGCAGGCCCUUCCUCCAUGACCUGCUGGUCCCGACUGACCCCCAUGGAGAGUCCCCCCUGGCUCCCUCCACCUCCUGCAGCUGUGUCUGCCCCGCCCCAGACUGUGAGCUCCUUGGGGAUGGGGCUGUGUGUGACCCGACUCUGUACCCCCAGGGCCUGGCACAGGGCCCUGCGCACUGUAGGCGCUUAAUAAAUGUUUGUUAAAAGA